AUGCCCACGUCACUGCAGGUCUAUGUAUCCCUUGCCGCCUGCAGCCAGGUAGCAGACGUCCAACAAAGGUUGGGGGGGCUUCAAGAGGGCUUGCUGUGCUCGCCUUGCCAAGAACGUGGUCUGCCCAGUGCCAUGUUGAAUCGAUACGUGAUCGAAAUCAGUAGACCCAGGAAUGUUCAAGGAGCCACGUGCAAGACUAGAAGACCGGAGACGUCGUGGGCCGGUCCUGCCAAAGGAUGCAAAACACCUGUGCAAGUGGCAUUCCAUCGCCGUGACAAAGGCACACAAGCAGACUGCGGGGGACUCCGGAAAACCAAGCGGAAGUUGGCGAAGCAAUGGUCAGCUGGAUGGAUGCUCGGCGUCGUUGACCUUGCCGGUGCUCGCCUUGCGGUGCUCGCCUUGGGGCCAUUGCUUCGUUUGAAGAAGCAAGGCCUGCUCUCAGGCAUCAAUGGAACCAUGGGUACAAGCCUGUACCCAAGACUUCCAGGUUCAAAGGCAUCGCCGUAA